AUGAACGAGCACAACCUCCAUGGGUCUAAUCCAUUGAUUUAUCGCCACGACUUGAAAAAGGCACCAGCAGUGGACUUGAGAAAUGCCAUGCCGUCGAAUGUGAUGUAUUUUACCCAUUCAGGAAGCAUUGUAACGAUACGUAGCUUGCUCUUGCCUUGGCUUAUGCCACUUGCGAUCCUGUGCCUCACAACCGAUGUCUAUGAAGCUGCCGCUACAACGACCCCAGGAAGCACUCGCGUAGGCGUCUAUCGGGCCAUCGGCACUCAUAGACGCGAGCGAUGGCGGCCUCGAAAGCGCCUCCAUAAUUUCAGGAAAUGCGCCCUCGAGGCAAAGAACCGAUGGCGGCAUACUACUUCCCCUCUGUCUAUAGAUGGCCCCUAUUACAUCAAGUCCUAUCACACUGGACGGCGCGAGCCAGAGCUCUAUGUGACGCUUAUAUAA